CAUAUCAUCGAGCUGGACUUGACCCUUCUCUGACACUCGCGCAAUCGCUCAGUCCAUUACCGCCAUUCGCCAGAUCCACCUCGCGCCUGUCCAUCAGCGGCCAGUCGCACUCCACAAACCCUCAUUCUUCGUCUUUGUACUCCCGAUUCUGCUUUCACAAUAGAGAAUACGUCAGCCUUCAACAUGCGGAGCUUUCUGUCUAUUCUCAGCGUUCUAGCUGCCGUCAGUGUGGUUAGCGUUGCUGGCCAAGAAGCUCCUGCUGACCCGGCUUGUGUGGGUUCUUGCAACAACGACGUCAAAAACACCCAAUUCGCAGAGUUUGGCUGUACCAAUGCCAAUGAAGCUGGCUGCCUUUGCAAGGCCGAGAACUUCCGCUAUAGUGUAAGGGAUUGUUCCACCUCUCGAUGCACCGGCACCACAGAAGCGCAAGUCAGCGGCUGGUUCGACACCAACUUUUGUGCCGGGAUUCCUGUCGACGACGGGUCUGCAGCAACAUCUGCCGCUGAGGAACCGGCGGCUACGACCACAUCGGCUGCUGAGGAGGAAGCACAGCCAACCUCGUCUGCGGCAGUGGAGGAGACUGAGAGCGCAGAACCAACAACCCCUGUGCCGACGAGCGACGCCGCCGCCGCAACGACGACCGCUCCAGUGGAAACCGAAAGCGCGGCUUCAAGCACCACCGCAAGCGCGACCCCUACCGAAGCCUCUGAAACCGAAGAAACGACUUCAGCCGCAGAAACAUCCAGCAGCGACGCCAGCGAGACCUCUGCAGCAAGUGACAAGGACGACGACGGCGCAGCAGCAGCCGCUGGGGGUUUGUCGCAGGGCGCCGCUGUGGGCAUCGGUAUCGGUGUUGCUGUUGUCGUUAUUGCCAUCGCAGCAGUUGCCAUUGCUAUCCUUCUCCGGAAACGCAAGCAGAAGCAGCAGAGAGGCCCUCAGAAUCCCGACAUUUCAAGGCCUAUGCCUGACGUCGGCCGUGGCUACGGGUCCGGUGAUAACGGUUCCUACAUGGAGAAGCACGGUGAAUCCUUUGAGAUGACAUCAAACCGUUAUGAGGAUAUGGUCCCUAGGCAGGUGCCUCGUACAAUGGUUUGAGACGGCGGUGCCCAGUCCGCGGAAUAUCAAACAUUAUGGACCAACGCCGUUCGCAUGAUUUCUUUCUGUAUGAAUUCGGCUGGAUAGCUGUGAAAGCGGGAUCAAGGGAAACAAUCAACCAAGUGCUCAUCUUAUCAUAGGCCGUCAGCCGUGCGUGAUCUCCAGCCGAUGUCGUGGCCUGCAAGCUCGUAGAAUCUCAACAGAGUACAGUAACAGUGCGGCCUAUCAUUUGCAUCUUCUAGUACAUAUGUU